AUGGACGUUCAAGUGAGAAGACACCGAACGGUCCAAAAUCAUGACCAAGAAAAUUAUUAUGCUACCAAAAAGGUAAAUUUACUUAUUCCAAAUAAACGACAAGGCUUGAGUGUACGCGGCGCUCUCGGUGAAAUUAAUACUAACGUUGAAAUUCACCGUGAAGUAAAUGUUGGCAAAGGGACUAAUGCAUCUGCUGAACUCGAGAAAAAGCUGAUGGUUAAACGUGGCGUUCGUAACUACAAUCAUGUGCAGUCUAAAGUUGAUACCGGGCUGAAUGGUAAGCCAAUCAUUCAGCCUACUUCAAGACCUCCGUUGAGACGUGAGGAGAGCACUGCUUAUGCAGCUCGUGCAGUUAUACAAACUAGAGCUGCCUUGAAGGAAUCACAAAAUGACUUUGCUGAAUCUGGAAAUGUAUUUCAACAAGCAAAGAAAAUUCAGGAAACAAAGAAAGCAACAAAGGUGCUGGCUAAAGGAAGCACAAAGGAGACAAGAAGUCUGCUGAAACCUAUUUUAAAAGAUCCAUCUGAAUCUCUGGGCAAACUAAAGAUAGUUGAAGAACCGACUUUACAAAAAGAAAAGAUUGUUGAGCCGGAAGUUAGGCCAGUACCAGAAUUACCAGAUGACAUUGAAGAUAUUGAUGCUAAUGACAAGAAUAGUCCAUUGCUUAUGUCCAUUUAUAUUAAAGACAUUUAUAAAUAUUUGACUGAACUUGAAAAGAAGUAUCCAAUUGAAUCCGAUCACUUACGAAACCAGACUGAAAUCACUGGCAAGAUGAGAGCAACUUUAAUUGACUGGUUGGUUGAAGUGCAGAGACAGUUCUCUUUAGUUCUUGAGACCUUCCAUCUAACUGUUGGCAUUAUUGAUCGCUAUUUACAGGCUGUACCAAAUGUGCAAAGGAAUCAAUUACAGCUUGUUGGAGUAACAGCAAUGUUCAUUGCAAGCAAGUAUGAGGAGAUUUAUGCUCCAGAUGUGGGAGACUUUGUUUAUGUAACAGACAAUGCUUACACUAAGUCUGAUGUCUUCCAAUGUGAGAGAGAUAUUAUGUCCAAGCUUGGAUUUUGUCUUGCACGGCCCAUUCCUUUAAGUUUCUUACGAAGGUUUGUGAAGGCAGCUCAUGGUACCUCGAAGAAUCAUCACCUUGCCAAGUAUUUUGUUGAUCUCAGUCUUAUUGAAUAUUCAAUGGCACAUUAUCGUCCUUCAGAACUAGCAGCUGCUGCAUUAUGUCUGUCCUUGUAUCUUCUCUCCACUAAGAAAUUAACUGAUGUUUGGACUCCCACAUUGUCUUACUACUCUGGGUAUAAACUUGAACACAUUGAACCUAUUAUGCAAAAAAUUGCAAAAAUUGUUAUCAAUGUGGAGAAUUCUAAAUACAGAGCUGUUUAUGAUAAAUACUUAGAUGUAACAUUAGCCAAAGUUUCAAUGCUUCCUCAGCUUAAAGGUGAUCUAAUUUAUGAGGUGGCAAAAAUUCCAUUAGAUUCUUGA